GAUAGUUUAGUGCGCGUGUAAUUCAUGCAAUACGAGCUGUGAAGUGUGAGCUGUGUGACUAAUCACUGAUACGAAACCAUAUCAGAAUUUGAUUCGUGAACGAUUACCAACAGAAACAAAGAAUUUAUAAAAAUGGAAACAGAUUCUCAUGAAACGUCGGGUCUGGACAACUGGGACGAUCAAGAAGAUCCAGGACCCGGUCUUUCUAACCAGUUUUCGACGUUAAAUGUGGGAGCGAAACCCUUCGUACCAAACGUGAAUGCACCGGCAUUUGUGCCGGGAUCAUAUGCCUCCAACACACAAUCGGAAUUGGAGGCCACAGCCACAGCAGGCAAUGCUCUGGAGAGUGCAGGGUUUGAUAAUGAUGCAGUCGUCAUGGAAGCCCAGGUUGAAGAGGAAGAGGAGGAGGAAGAAGAACCCAUGCAAGAGGAAGAAUCUCCAAAACCUGUCAAGGAUAAUGGAUCAAUGAAAGCCUUUAUUGCACCCAAGCCUUCCAAGCAACAAACUCCUAAAGAAGAAGAACCAGAAUCUAAGAAAGAACAUGUCAAUGUUGUCUUCAUCGGGCACGUUGAUGCAGGAAAGUCCACCAUUGGAGGUCAUAUAAUGUAUCUCACAGGAGGUGUAGAUAAGAGAACACUAGAAAAAUAUGAAAGAGAGGCUAAAGAAAAGAACAGAGAGAGUUGGUACUUAUCAUGGGCACUAGACACCAACCAAGAAGAGCGUGAUAAGGGAAAGACGGUGGAGGUCGGGAGAGCGUACUUUGAGACAGAAAAGAAACAUUUCACAAUCCUUGAUGCCCCUGGUCAUCGAAGCUUUGUACCGAACAUGAUCGGUGGUGCUGCUCAAGCUGAUUUAGCUGUAUUGGUAAUAUCAGCACGGAAAGGUGAAUUUGAAACCGGUUUUGAAAGGGGAGGACAGACACGAGAGCAUGCAAUGUUAGCGAAGACAGCAGGCGUUAAACAUCUAGUCAUUCUUAUUAAUAAAAUGGAUGACCCUACAGUAGAGUGGUCUCUUACAAGGUAUGACGAGUGCAAGGAGAAGUUGCUUCCGUUCCUCCGUAAGGUUGGCUUUAAUCCCAAAAAAGACAUUCAUUUCAUUCCUGUGUCGGGGAUCACGGGGGCCAACCUCAAGGUGUCCGCACCAGACAAGUGCCCUUGGUACACCGGCCACCCGUUCAUCACGUACAUAGAUGAAUUACCCCCGCUGCCUGCCAGGAACUCCUCAGGGCCUCUACGGUUACCCAUCACAGAUAGGUACAAGGACAUGGGUACAAUCUUGCUAGGAAAAGUAGAAUCAGGGAAUUUAAGGAGAGGAGGAACAUAUACCCUAAUGCCCAACAAAACAAAUGUAGAAAUUCUUCAAAUCAUCUCAGAUGAAAAUGAAACUAACUCUGCAAGAACGGGAGAAAACGUCAAACUAAAAGUUCGAGGGGUAGAAGAAGAGGAUGUAUCUCCGGGUUUUGUCCUUUGUGAUACAACAGAUGUAUGUCAUACCUCCAAAAUGUUUGAUGCACAGAUUGCAAUUGUAGAAUAUAAGUCCAUUAUCUGUUCAGGCUAUGGUGCAGUGCUUCACAUCCACAAUGCUGUAGAAGAAGUUCAAAUCACUAAAAUCAUUGCACUGAUAGAUAAGAAGACGGGUGCCAAGACAAAGCAACGACCACGCUUCAUCAAACAGGACCAGGUAGCCAUCGCUAGAUUGGAGACGACAGGAGUACUCUGUAUGGAAACCUUCAAGGAAUUCUCACAAAUGGGUCGCUUUACUCUUAGAGAUGAAGGUAAAACUAUUGCAAUCGGCAAGGUCCUGAAGCUGUUGUAAAUUCUAACCACCAGACAUUGUCAUAAAUACAGUCACACCUGUGACGCUUAGCGCAAAAAACAGUUCCAAACCUAAGCCACCACCACCAAAGCAUCCAGGAUCUCAUGGUGACUCUACCACGUCAAAGUGCACCCCAGGAACUUCAGGAUCCUCGAGGCAAGGAACAUCAGCUGGAACUACAUUCUUACAUCAAACACAUCUUCAAACUCUUCAUUUUUCACCCUCACUCAAAGCAAACAUAUUCAGUAUGGUCUCUAUGAAUGAAUUUGACUUGAGAAUCCAUUUGGAAACAAGUGAAGAGCAAUGUCUUGAAGAUUUGGUGCUUGGUUUGCCAGUCUUUAGGAGAGGUGUGCCUUACUAGCUAUUCCAACAGCCAAAUACAGAGCUCAAAUGAUGGAACAUAGACGGAAGAAGUGAUCAGCUGGUAUGGACUAUGGGAGCAAUUUGUACUUGCUCCCCUUCAUGUUAUGUAGAAUGGAAUUGAUAAACAUGUAGGUAUUUCCCAACUAUGGAUUUCUCUUGGAGAGAGAUUCUUUGUGUAUUAUUUAUUAUCAUCCCAUUAUCAUAUUGUUGCAUGCAGUCUUUAUGUUUAAUAAAAGGGGCAUUGGUAGUAGAGAAACACGUUUAUUUUACAGGGGAUUGUCAAAACCUACACCAAGUUGCACCAUGAAAUUUAUGUCAACACACCAACAAUCAAUUUAGGGUAGAAGCUCAGUAUAUGAAGGUGCUUGGGACCAAAAAAUGCCUUGUUAUUAAAAGCAAGGAAUCUUUCGUACAGGUUAAGAGCUGGCUCCAUGGGCCCAUUUCACAAAGACUUUAUACUUGCUAUUAUUUGUAACUACCAUGGAAUCCUUGCUUGUGAUUGGCUGCUGAGCCCUGUUACCAUGGCAGCUGCCGUUAUAGUAAAGUUACAAUAGUCGUAACUCUUUGUGGAAUGGGCCUCAGGACUUCGUGAACAUCAGGUGGGUGUCUCGUAAAACUGUUUGUAAGUUCACACGACUGAAUGACUAUUGUGAUAAUUGAGAUAGACCGAAAUUGUUCCUGUUACAUAAUGGGGGUGCAUUUCCACUGAUUCUCAUCAAAUAUGCACAAAUAAUAAACUUUGCAUUGAGCUAAUUGUUAAGAACAAGAAUUUUAACGUAAGAAGAACAGAUUUCAACUAUAGCUGAUGGGAGUGGAACUUAUUGAGAAUCUGAGUUAGCAUGAGAAAGGCUCACCAGUCAUGCAGAAAAUCAUGCAAAAUAAUAGCUUAAUGAACAGCUGUAUAGAAAACCACCUAGGAGUACAGUAGGCUCUCAUGAGCCAACCUUCCAUAAGUCAAAUAAUUGCCUUUAGAUCUCAAAAGUAUUUUUCCAGACUAGAAUAUGCAAAGCAUGUCUUAUUUAAUUGCUCUGAGUCAAAUUUCACCCAAGUCGAACAAAAAGAUUGGACUCGGGCAAAGUCACUUGUAUUGCGAAAAAUAUCUUUUUAUUUGGAGCUUCGACUGCUUAAUAUGUAGCCCGUUUUCUCACUGGUGUUUUUUCAUUGUUUUUUUUUUUUUUUUUUGGGGGGGGGGGGGUUUGCUGCGGCUGCUGGUAGGAAGAUUCAUGCAAGAUUUCUUGACCCUUGGUAUGAUCAUGUUGGAAAUGUCUUCCAGUAAAUUUCCUUGAGUGAAAAGAGAAAGCUUUGAAAGGACAAAAAAAAUAACUUGACCAGCAAAAAAUUAUGUUUGAAUUGCUCUUUUGUGUAGAGCGUUAUUGUUUAUACUACUGAAGAAAUGGCUGUCGUAAUGUAUUUCUAUUAAGAAUUUAAGGGGGAGGGGGUAAUUUUGGCUGCUAGUUUCUAAAACUGGCAAUAUUUUUUUUCACCAUAGAUAUCUACUUCAAGUGUCACUGUCUGCCUUUUCAUUCCUGUUAUAUAUUAUGUCACUUUCUGAUGAGCAAACUAGCAAACUGACUAUGUAUGGUAUACUGCACAAUGCAGGAGAGCAGGCAGGUAUAGUUUUAUCAUGUAGACCACCAAUCUUACAUUAUGUUUUUAGGCUAACCUUUAGGAUAGUUGAGCUGUCGAAUCUUAGAUUAGGAAUAUAUGAAUAUGUUCUAUCCCAUCUGUAGUUGUUUCACUAUUAAAUCAGAAUCACUGAAAUGGAUGAUUCUA